GAUUGGCGAGAGGACAGAGACGAGGAGAAGGAACAUCUGUUUCAUCGAAGAUGACAGCAGGGGGCGCCAGUGAGGUGAGCGCCUUCCGAAGCGAGGUGAAACGAGGACGCUCGCGAGAGACGGAGCACGCAAGGAUCCUUUCUUUACUUUUUCGCCUCCUCGGUCGGGAAAAAGUAGAAGAGCCGUGAAAUCGCGUAGGAUCGCGAAGACGCUGUCGCGACUGGUCGAGCUGGUAUCCAGGUCACGCUUCGCCAGGUCGUCCCCGCCGCGACGCGCGCUUCCAUCGGCCGUCAUCGUCAUCGUGGUGGUGCGAAAAACCAGAUUGACAUUUCCCGCCCAACCUCUCUCGCCGUCCAGGACGGGAUCCCCAGGUUCCCCGUGAAUUUCAUCACGAGCGCCUCUUCCCCCAAGGGAGGGCACCAGGGGGCCCUCUCCUCGAGGCACCUCGUCAUCGUCAUCCUCCCCCGCCGUCCUCCCCCCGCUCGAGUCAACAACAACGACGACGACGAGGAGCAAAGGCUGCGACCGCAGCGCCAUCGCCAUCAGCGCGACCGCCAUCGCAACGAGGUGCGCUAUUCCGUUCACUUCGCGACGAAGCCACGAAGAAAUGCCCGUAGGUUCGAGAUCGAUCGGCAGUCCGAGUUCCCGCACGACGAGCAUGGAGGUAUCGUCCAGGACAAGCCUGUAACCGGGCUGCUCUACUCGUGGGAGCGACGUCCGGAUCAUCAUCGUCGUCGUCGAGCAUCGCACCUCUGCUCCACGCUCGCGUCGGGUCAGCUGCUGCUACUACUUGGCUCCGCUAGGUUGUUGCUGUGUGUGUGUGUGUGUGUAUUAAGUCGUCUCUCCUUGUGUAGCCCGCGCGAGCAGCAUCGCGAUACUUCGUCCAUCGGCGGAGGCCUCGCGCCGUCCAGAAAACGGUGGCCACGAUGGAGCUACGUGUUGGUAACAAGUACCGGCUCGGACGGAAAAUCGGGAGCGGCUCCUUCGGCGACAUUUACCUAGGUACCAAUAUUUCUACGGGUGAGGAAGUCGCUAUCAAGUUAGAAUGCAUAAAGACACGGCAUCCGCAGCUACACAUAGAGUCCAAGUUUUACAAGAUGAUGCAAGGAGGCGUUGGAAUACCAACUAUAAAGUGGUGUGGUUCGGAGGGGGAUUAUAAUGUUAUGGUAAUGGAAUUACUUGGGCCAUCACUGGAGGAUUUGUUUAAUUUUUGUUCAAGACGUUUUACUCUGAAAACAGUUCUACUCCUUGCCGAUCAAUUGAUAAGUAGAACAGAUUACAUUCACAGCCGCAACUUUAUUCAUCGUGAUAUUAAGCCAGACAACUUUCUGAUGGGCCUGGGAAAGAAGGGUAAUCUCGUCUACAUUAUAGAUUUCGGAUUGGCUAAAAAAUAUCGCGAUGGUCGCACACACAAGCAUAUACCCUAUCGAGAAAACAAGAAUCUGACGGGGACGGCCAGAUACGCGAGUAUAAACACACACUUAGGGAUUGAGCAGUCACGGCGGGAUGAUCUCGAAUCUCUGGGCUAUGUCCUCAUGUACUUCAAUAGGGGUAGUUUACCUUGGCAAGGAUUGAAAGCAGCGACCAAGAGACAAAAGUACGAACGCAUUUCCGAGAAGAAAAUGUCCACUCCCGUAGAAGAACUCUGUAAGGGCUAUCCCGUGGAGUUCGCGUCGUAUCUAAGGUAUUGUCGGGAUUUGCGCUUCGAGGAGAGGCCAGAUUACUCGCAUCUUCGACAACUUUUCCGAGCGUUGUUCCAUGGUCAGGGCUUCACCUACGAUUACGUGUUUGACUGGAAUAUGCUGAAGUUCGGUAACGCGAGACAACCAACUUUACCCUCUGCGCAGCAAGCGCCCAUGCACUCGCAGCCGUCUAACGCGGCGCUGCCUUCUGGGACCAACAACGAUCAAGAACAUCGAUCAAGGCCCUAUACGCGGCAAUGUUUGCCGAACGCGUCCGGGCCGACGGUGGGCCCGACGAUUGGACGCUUGGACCCGAACUCGAGUUUGCGAGCAAUCCGGCAGAAACGCGACAUAGAGACUCGUGGUGACCAGGACAAUCAGGACAAGAAUGAUCUCCAAGCAUCGGGUGCGGGUGGACAGGAACGGAGGGUCAGCAUGCGAUUGCAUCGUAGGGAUACACUUCUAGCAGCUGCAGGAGAAAUGCAGCCCAAGUCCAAGAAGCGCCAAUGCGACGGCAAUCGCUCCACCCACCCUGAUGGUCAGGCGGGCAAGCGUGCAACACAACAAGUGAAUCAGCAGCAGCAAUAGCGGAAUCAUCAUCAUCAUCAUCGUCGUAAUCAACAGCGUCGUUCAUCAUCAGGAGCGACGAGCAGCGAUCACCGUCGCCAUCGACACGGUUCAUUCCUGCCUGUCGCAAACCGGAAAUGAACUCGCGCGUACACGUGGCAUCGCGCAGCCAUCCGGCGAACGGUGAUGCGACACGAUUUUCGCGUGUCAAUGACAAUUCUAUGCGUGGUGGUGCUUCGUUACGAUGUAUUUCCGCGAUGAAUAUCGCAUAACGGAAACAAAAAAAUGCCUGCGUGCGACUCUUCUUCGUACCGAGUGGACGAUGAUGAGAAGGGAAAAAAAGGAAGAAAAAGAACGAACACGUCGUUUGUUCUCGUAGCACGCAGAAUGAAGCAACGCAGGAUGUGCGUUGUGUGGCGAACUGUAAUAACAACUACGUCGACUACUGUGGCUUAGCAACGCUCAUCGCGCGUCUUCAGGAUGCAACGAUGCAGCUCUCAUCGCAGUGCGCAAGAUUCUCAGACGGAUUAUUAUUCCACUGAAUGUCCUGGAUCUCUUUCUCACGAUCGAAGCGAAUCCUGUCUGGAAAAACGCUCUCAACGACCAUGCAUUCACGAGGGUAACGAGGCUUCAAAAAAUCCCUCACUUGCGGAUGUAGGACGAUAAAUACGUGAUUGUGAUCGUUUUUUCUGUUUUCUUUUUUUUUUCAAGGCGAAUCGCAAAUGUACAGUACGCGGUUUCGAUGAUGGAUUCUCGCAGUUGUUUAUAAUACAUAGUAUAAAUUCGGAGAUUAUUUAAUUUUCACGAUACAAGAGGCGAGAACCGAAUUGUGGCUAGUUUUGUUUUUUUCGAGUUUAGUAUAACAUAAGUUUCAUUUCGUGAAUAUAAAUUUCAAAGUAAUUAUAUUUGUCAAAGUUUGUUGUAGCGUUAUUUGUAAAUUAUUUCCGAAAGAGAAUACAGAAAAAGAGUUCUUUUGUCAAAAUAAUAAAAUAAUUAUAAUGAAAUGCGCGUAUUGUAAUGAAAGACCACGUUGAUAUAUUAAAAAUCGUGAUACUUUUUUUUAAACAUUAUAAGUAUUCUUGAGUGUAACGGUGUCUAUUCAAUUUGUAAAUGUUUGUAUGACUCCUAAAAGCUUAAUUUCCUUUUUUUUAAUGUUGUAAAAAUCGACCUUUGUAAUUAUUUGUUAAUGAAGUUGACUUCGCGAAAUUAUCGUUCGAUUUUCACGAGACAGUCACAAGGAUUAACAUAAUUCUGCACAAUUAUUAAUCGUAUCCUGCUCCAUCCGGUGAGCUGAAUACGUAUGUAUAAAUGUAGAAUAUUACUUCAUAUAAGUCGCAACAUGUACAUAGACCGAAUAUAUUGAUGACUUGAGCA